AUGCUGUUAAUUAAUAAUUAUUUAAUAUUUAAUGGAGCAAGAAGCCUUUCAUUAAGUAUAAAACUACAUUUUAUGUAAUUUAUAAGCAUUUUAACAGAGCGUACAUUGGGUUAAGGAACAUUCGGAAAGGUGAAAUUAGGAUAUCAUACUAUUACUGAUGAAUAUGUAAGAGAAAUAGUCAAGAAUUUAGGUUGCUAUUAAAGUACUUGAAAAGAACCGAAUUGAAAAUUAAUUUGAUUUAAUAAGAGUGUAAAGAGAAAUCACAAUUUUAAGAAAAGUUAAUCAUCCAAAUGUGAUAAAAUUAUACGAAGUAAUAACUUAAUUAAUAUAAGAUCUUAGAAUCUGAAUAAUCAGUUUACUUAGUAAUGGAAUAUGUGAGAGGUGGAGAGUUGUAUGAAUACAUAAUAAAGAAAAAAUAGUAAUGUGAAUCCUAAUUGAAAUUAGCUUACCUGAACAUAUAGCAGCACGUUUUUUUUAGUAGAUUAUUUUUGCUAUUGAAUAUUUGUACAACAAUAAUAUUACCCAUCGAGAUUUGAAACCAGAAAAUUUAUUAUUAGAUGAUAAUAAAUAAUUGAAGAUUGCAGACUUUGGAUUAAGUUUCAUCUCAUUUACAUAAGGAGAACUAUUAAAAACAGCGUGUGGUUCCCCUUGUUAUGCAGCUCCUGAAAUGUUAAGUAUAUAUAAUAAGUAAUAAAAGUUGGUAAAUAAUAUGAAGGUUGGAAAAGCGAUAUUUGGAGUUCUGGAAUAGUUUUAUAUGCUAUGCUUUGUGGAUAUUUACCAUUUGAACAUGAAAAUACAAAGGAAUUAUAUUAAUUAAUAAGAACUAGUGAUUUUGAAAAACCUGAACAUUUAUCUCCUAAUGCCAUUGAUAUGUUAACUAAGAUAUUAGUAAAGGAUCCAAAUAAAAGAUUAAAUUUUGAAUAAAUUAAAUAGCAUCCUUUUUUUUUAAUGCAAGCUCCAUUAUAAAGAAAAAAUUUAAAAUUAGAUGAUUAAAUAAUAAUUUAAAAAAUGAUUGAAAUGGGUUAUUCUUAAAAUUAAAUUACAUUCUAGUUAAAAGCUAAUAAACAUAAUACUUUAACUACAAUCUAUUUUCUAUUAUAAAAAAAGCAAAAUCAACCAUAUCGUAAAAACUUUUUUUAGAAUAUAUAAAAUAUUGCAAAUAUGAAAAUUGAUCUAAAUUAAAAGAAAUAAACUUUCGCUAAAAUUCAACCAUCUUAAUAGGGUUCUCCAAAUUUUGAUAAAUUAGAUGUAGGAUAAUAAAGAAUGAGAUAGAAAAUGAAUUAUUCCCCUUAUCUAUAAACUUAAGUUUCAUAAAAAUUUAAGAAAUUAAAUUUAUCUGUAUAAUCAAAAAGAGUUAGUAUUUAGAUUGAUAAUACUCGUUAAAAGACAUAUUCAGUUUAAGAGAAAUAUACAGAUUAUCCAUAAUUUAUAAAUUAAACUUUAUAAGAUUCUAAGUAAAUAUUGUUUAAUAUAUUUAUUAGAUUUUAAACAAUAAGGAAUUAAAAGUAAUAAGGAAAUAUAAAGUUUUAACCAAAAAAGGACAUUGAGCAUGGAUUAAAAACAGAUAUAAAUGAAGAAAUAACAAAUUAUUUCAAAGGUAAUUUGACAUAAGUAAGAUAAAGAAAUAAAACAUAACCAAAUAAAAAUGUUGAAGCUUUAAAAUUUUUUGAUAAAAAUUCUAAAUUAUAAGCAUCAAAUUAAGUAUAAUUAAAAUAAAUUAGAUUGUAUCAAAAACACCUUAAAAUUAUGGUAUUGGUUAAAUUGAACUGAGCAAGACAAGAUAGUUAUAAAAAUAAUAAAUAGAAAAUAAAUAUUCUGUAAUAAAUAAAAAAAGAAUCGAAUUAAAAAUAUAGAAAUAAUUAGGAAAUCAAUUUUGA